AUGUCGUUGUCGGAAGCACAGCGGCUGAUGAUCAGUGCUUACUUGCACUCGGCAGAGCAAGGCAAACUCGUCCAGGCGGUGGAUGCUUUACACGAUUACCUACUCCAGGAGGGCCUUGCCUGGAGACAGGUGCUGCGAUGCGAUUGCAUUGGUGUGCACGAAGAGAACCGUGAUGGUUUAGGGCUUUCAGCGGGACAUGUUUCUGACCUUGUGUCGAACAUCUCCAGCAUCGGAUUCUCGGCGGCCGAGUUUCGAGGAGUGGCUAUCGAAAUUCCACCAACCGCAGAAGGGGAGGCACUUCGAAGCUUCAACCGCAAGGUCACCGAGGAGAGCAAUGGGAGACUGGCUCCUGCAAGCAACAUCCGAUUUGCAUCCAUCGUAGGAUCGCACGCCAACCAGGCGGCGAGAUGCUUCUGGUUUCAAGUUCCCCAUACCGAUGACAAGCUCACUGUGGACAACCGGCUUUCGCUCGAAAAGUUGAAGACCGUGGAUGCCGGUUGGCAUCGUGCCAUCCAGGAGGGCAUGCAAUGGUUGAUCAUCUCGCAUGCGGUGCCUGCUGCGUUCCCGCAGUACACCUCCCUCGCACAAGCUGCGGGGAACUCUGCGAUGCAGAUUGCAUCGGCAGAGGGUGAGAUGCAGCUGGCACGUAAGGUCAACACCGCUAUAGCCAGCUUCCUCAAGCGGACCUCGAAAACGACCGUGGAAUAUGCGGAUAUCUCUGCGGAGAUCCUCCGCAGCAAACCGCCCCAUGCGGCAUCCUUACCGCACAUUUUCUCGUUCGUUCUCAAGUGCGGCGGGGGCUCCGGCGAGGGGAGCUACCUGUCGCGAACGGAACGGUUCGUGCGAGGACACGGGGUGUCCAAUCGGUCGCUGGGUGCCGAGGUCUGGCAGGCCUUGAGCGCCGACUGCAAGGGUCCCAACCAACACGUGCUUUUCCGGCACAUGCUGCUCAAAUUGGGCUUGUGCGGAGCGACAGACAAGAGCCUGACGGUGACGGACGUCAAGAGGUCGCUCACGGCCAAAGACGUCAUGGCGAGGAUGGGCGAGGCAGAGACCGUGUUCUUGGAGCUUCAGAAGCUUCUGCAGGGACAGAAUGCUGAGAGUGCUGAGGCGGCACUGGGGUUGUGCGAAAUCCAGAUGGCAGCUGUGGUUUUGCAGAAGAAGAAGCUGACCCAGUUUGACACGAUUCACCAGUCGGCGGAGAAGAGUCUCCGCAUGUUCAAUGAGCAGGGUGGCCUCGUAACCAGCUCACGUGUUUCCGAUCUUGGAUUUGCUGUGGGAAUGAAGGUUGUCCGCAAGGCGGAUGAUCAAGAAGGUACCAUCAUGGAGAUGUCGGCCGACAAGGUCCGCUUGAAGCUCAGCGACGGGAAGCUUUACGAAGCUUCCUCCGAGUCCUUCGUUCAAGGCCGCUGGAAGGAGUAUGUUGUCAAGCCGGAGCCAGUCCUGUGCAAAGAUUGGCUGAAUUUCUCCCCCCCCAAAAGUGAGGAGUUCAUUAUUGCUGUCGUGAAAGGUCUCGUUUUCCAAUCGAUGUGGCAUCAGUACGAGAACUUGAAGAACGAGAAGUUCGAUGUCUUCUUGAAGCCGUCAAAGGAUGUCCAAGUCAAGUCCACUUACAACGUUCACUCAUUGAAGCUAGCCAUUGCCAGCCCUCGUGUCGAUUGUCGUUUGGUCAAUGAGACUCUCCCUCCCGGAGCACUUCAGGUCGGCUUGUUUGCAACAGCCGGCAGCAAGCCAACUCACACGAUUUCCGUCCUGCCGACCUUUCAGGCGCCGAAAGCCGGCUCGGGCUUUAUCAACCCGCUGUGGCUCAUCAAGUCUACCUCAGAUCGCGAGGAAGGCAAUCUAGAAAUCGUCGGGGCCAACAAGCAGCAGAAGCUCACUUGCUUGUCAACCUCAGUCAAUCUUCCAAUGGUCCGGAAUUACAAAAAACUCCAGGCGGCCGAUAGCCUGGUCCUGUUCAGGCCUGACCAGCACAAGGCAGAGGAGAUUGAAAAUCUCCAGCCCGUGCAGAAGAAGGCGAGGAAGGCAUGCUCGCUGACUAGGGUUGCAGGGCCUCGCUCGCACCCGCUUGCUCAAAUGUCGGGGGAGGAGAAUGCCGAGGAGCUCGAAGAACAGGACGAGCAACCUUUGAAGAUCUACACGGCCACGUGCAUAAGCGGAGGUGGCCUGAAAGGUGUAUGGAUGCCCACCAUCGAGGAGGCAUCCGGUCUGACUUUCAUCAAGCUGAACAAAUGGGACCGUCAGUUAACCCAAUAUGUUACAGGAAAGUCCCUCAAUCUUUUUUCGGGAUCGAAGAAGCCCAAGAACUCUAUCAACGUCCAGUGGUUUCAGACGAUGACCGAGCUUCGCCGUCAAGCCUGUAACGACUCUCUGAAAAAGCUCAUCGUGCAGGCUGCGGAAGCAUCGGGCGGCAAGGUGCCCGAAAAAAUCCGCCCAGCAACACAGGCCGACGAGUUCCUGGCAGGUCGCUUUGUCACUGUGCAGGCUCCUCCGUAUAAGGACCCAGAGAACCCGGAUGCCGAGGAGGUGGAUGGUCCCCAGCUGAAGCUUCUGUGGAAGCUGAAGACACCGGACGUUUGGAUGGAGCUGACUUUCGAGAAUCUGGAAUAUGCCAAGAAGGCCAUCCUUGGAUCGCCGGCAUGGGAGCAGCCCGUCAGUGCCCGGGCCAAGCACAGCCCCAGAAAGCGGCGAAGGCGAGGCCCGAAACCACGUGGUCAUGAUGAACUCGGUGAAGAACCGUUGAAAGAUGACGGUGGCGAGGCGGCUUUGCAGAAUGCACCGAACGACGAGGAGGAGGACGAGGAGUGA